UUGUAAAAACACCCGGGUAUCGAGGGUGGAAAGGCGCUUUAACGAAGGUUAAACGGAAGCAAACUUUACGUCAAAAAAAAAAAAAAAAACCCAACAAAAAAAACUGGAAUAUUAUUAUUAUUAUUUUUUAUUUUUUUACGUUCACUUUGCUUAAUGUGAAGAAAAAAAUAUUUAUAUCUUUAGUUUUCUAUUUGCACUAGUUAACGGUACUUCGACUGCUGCGAAGCGUGCUUUUUUUUACGACAGAACUGGAUCACUCAUCUGUGGAAGGAGACGUUUCCUCUGCAACCAGCACUUUUGUUCCUUUGCCUGGCUUCAGCUGAUCCUUGUAUUGUGCAAGGCUUGAUACCACGUGAGAUUUCAAGCAGCUUCUGGAAAUACUAAUAUUUUGCACCUGGCCAGUUUAGCAGCUAUGCAGCUUGAAAUCCAAGUAGCACUCAACUUUAUCAUUUCUUACUUGUACAAUAAGCUGCCACGGCGUCGUGUCAACAUUUUUGGCGAGGAGCUGGAACGGCAGCUGAAACAGAAGUACGAGGGACACUGGUACCCGGACAAGCCAUACAAAGGAUCUGGGUUCCGCUGUAUUCACGUUGGGGAGAAAGUGGACCCGGUCGUUGAGCAAGCAGCCAAAGAGAGUGGGUUGGACAUCGAAGAUGUACGCAACAACCUGCCUCAGGAUCUCAGCGUUUGGAUCGAUCCUUUUGAGGUAUCUUAUCAGAUUGGGGAAAAAGGACCGGUCAAGGUGCUCUAUAUGGAUGAUAGCAAUGAGAAUGGGCUGGAGUUGGACAAAGAGAUCAAGAACAGCUUUAACCCUGAGGCCCAGGUCUUCAUGCCAAUCACUGAGCCUGUCGGACCUUCACCCACAUCCAGCUCACCAUCUCCACCCUUCGGCCAGUCGGCCGCUGUCAGCCCCACCUUCAUGCCCCGCUCCACCCAGCCUUUAACCUUUACCACCGCCACAUUUGCUGCCACCAAAUUCGGCUCCACCAAGAUGAAGAGUAGUGGUCGCAAUGGCAACAAGGUGUCACGGAGCUCCCCCACCAACUUGGGCUUGAAUGUGAACAACCUCCUGAAGCAGAAAGCCAUCUCCACUUCGAUGCACUCACUCUAUGGCCUUGGGUUGAACGGACAGCAGCAGAAGACAUCGGCCCUUUCCCCAAAUGCCAAGGAGUUCGUGUUCCCCAGCCUCCAGGGCCAGGGCAGUGCAAGUGCAAUGUUCCCAGGAGAGAGCUCACUUGGCCUGAAUCUCAGCCCUCUCCAAUACAGUAAUGCCUUUGAUGUGUUCACCACCUAUGGGGGCCUGAAUGAGAAGUCCCUGAUGGAUGGCCUAAACUUCAGCUUGAGCAACAUGCAGUAUUCUAACCAGCAAUUCCAGCCAGUAAUGGCCAACUAGGAAACAAAGAUGCUACUAAAAUGACCAGAGAUAUGUGACUGGGGAUUGGAUGGGGGUGCUUAUUUUCUAAAAUUCUGAAAAAGUGGAAAAAAAAAAAUAGAAAAGUGCAAAAAAAAAAAAAAAAAAGAAAAAGGAAAAGCUUACAUGUUAACUGUACAGUCCCAGUGUACAAGUCAAAGAGCAUGGGCCCGAGGGUGAAAUACUUUGCCCCCUUGAGUUUUUUUUUUUAUUUCUUUUGUUAUUCUUUAUUUGUUUUGUUUUUUAUGAUGAAGCUUGUAAUACUCUAUGUCCAAGCUUGGUUACCUAAACUCAACAUUAUAUUGUUUUUUUUUUUUUUUUUUUGCCAACCAAGCACAAAAUUAUUUUUUAUUGACUGUUUUAAGAAAACUCUAUGAGGAAUUUAAACACAAGUCAUGGCCUCUUACAGUAUUUAAGAUAUAGCUGGACAGCCAAUUUUCAAAGGAUUGGCAUAAAUACUAAGUGGAAAUUUCCUGGUCUUUUUUCUAAUUGUAUAAUUUAAUUUAGUACAGAGUUUGUAAAAUAUCAGAGUAUAUAUUGUUUCUACAACAUGGUAUUGCAUUUAUAUCUUUUUACUACUCCAGUGAUCUGUGAUGGCUGCAGCAGCUUUUGUGUUAUUUCUUUUUUUAUUAAAAUUGUGAAAUGAAUCCAUCUUUAAAAACAUUGACUAUUCUGAGGAUUGUGUACAGAAUAUUCCGUAGUGGUGGGAUUCAAGAAUAUUUGCUUUUUUGGAAAAAAGAAACAAGAGUUGUAUUUUCUGUUAAAAGUUAAGAUUUUUGCUAUAUUAUGACAAAAUGUAAUCGUAUAUUAAUUUUGUACCUACAUCGUGCAAUACUUGAUAAAAACACACGGUAUAACAAAAGUAUUGAGUCAGUGUCUUACAUGUUAAGAGGGACUGAGAGUUUAUUAAGUUUGUAUUAAAAGUCUUGAAAAUA